AACUCCCAGAAAAACAAGAAAGGUUUUGAUCUAAAAAAUUAUGAUGAUGGGAAAUAUGUUUGGUUCAAGCUUGGCGAGUUUGUUCUUCUUGUGGGCAACUAUUCAACAAAUCUUCCCUAACCACCUCAAGAUCGCCAUUAAGGAGAUUCUUCUCUCUACAAUCCAACAACUCUCUUUUUUCCAGAGAUUUUCCGACAGAUUCAUUAACUUUUUCUCUCCUUAUGUUGAAAUCAACUUCGCUGAAUACGAAGAUUAUCGAAUCAAUCACGCUUUCGACCCCAUCGAGACUUACCUUGGGGCAAAAGCAACUGAUAAAGCCAAGCAUCUAAGAGCAAGCCAGGUUAGAGAGAGUAAGGGCUUGGUUUUGAAACGAGACGAGACUAAAGUCCGAGAUGAGUAUGAAGGAAUUCGUGUCUGGUGGGAGACUGAGACUGAUUCCAUAGGAUUUAAAACAUUGAAGCUCACUUUCCAUAGACGCUCGCGAGAUAUUGUAACCGAAUCGUACAUAAAAUAUGUUAUUGAAGAAGGCAAAUCGAUUGAAACCAAGAACAAGAAGAUGAAGUUGUUCACAAACAAUCCGAGUUCUCAUUGGGGAUCCAGCAAGACUAGUCUAUGGAGAUAUAUUGACUUUGAGCAUCCUGCGAAUUUUGAGACGUUAGCUAUGGAUCCGAAGAAGAAAGAGCAGAUCUUGAAUGAUCUUGCUGCGUUUAGCAACGGUAAAGAUUAUUACAAGAAGAUUGGGAAAGCUUGGAAGAGGGGUUACUUGCUCUAUGGACCACCGGGGACCGGUAAAUCGACAAUGAUAGCUGCAAUGGCGAAUCUUUUGAACUAUAGUAUCUACGAUAUCGAACUCACGGCUAUACAGAACAACUCAGAGCUGAAGAAACUACUCACUGCUACUUCUAAUAAGUCGAUUAUCGUGUUUGAAGACAUUGAUUGCUCGUUGGAUCUUACCGGCAAAAGAAAGAAGAAAGAGAGCAACUUGAUGAUCUGGAGAAACGACGGAGAACAAGGCGAUGAAGAAAACAAGAGUUCCGUAACACUCUCUGGGCUUUUGAACUUCAUUGACGGGAUCUGGUCUGCUUGUGGACAAGAGCGGAUCAUUGUCUUCACGACGAAUCACUUGGCAAAACUUGACCCGGCUUUAAUAAGGAGAGGGAGAAUGGAUAUGCAUAUUGAGUUGUCCUACUGUACUUUCGAGGCGUUCAAGAUUCUAGCAAAGAACUAUCUGGAUAUUGAUUCUCAUCCCCUGUUCAAAACGAUCGAGUCUUUGAUGAAGGACACGACGAUCGCACCAGCUGAUGUUGCUGAGAACUUGAUGAAGAAGAAUCGUGAAAUAGAUGUUGAUGGAUCUCUUAACGAUCUGGUUCAGUCUCUAGAGAGGAGGAAGAAGGUUCAGAGAGCUCAACUAGAUGAACACAAGAAAUCUAGUUACAAGAUAGUUAAAGCAUUUCGUAUAACAAUAAUGGAGAUUUUCAAGAAGGCUGAAACCGUGCGUUUACGUAGCUACCACGACAAGUACCUUUUAGCAGAGGAGGACGAAGAUUCCGUGAGCCAGGACAGAGAUGGGCGGUCUAUGAACGCAAGAUGGACGGUGGAGAUUGUAGAAGUGACAAACGUGAUCCGUCUUAAGAGUUGCUUUGGCAAGUACCUAACCGCUUCAAACAUCCCAAUGUUCCUUGGCAUGACCGGGAAGAAGGUAACGCAAACACUCCCGCGACGGCUAGACUCAUCAACUGAAUGGGAACCUGUUAGAGAAGGCGUUCAGGUUAGGCUCAAGACAAGGUAUGGACAGUAUCUCCGAGCUAAUGGGGGUUUACCACCGUGGCGGAACUCGAUUACACAUGAUAUUCCUCAUAGGUCAACCACACAGGACUGGGUUUUAUGGGAUGUUGAUAUUUUGGAAAGCAGAAAGAAGAAAGCACCCCCAGUGGCUGAACCGGCUUAUACGCCUCUCCCGCCUCCCCCACCACCACCAGAGCUUCUGCAGGAAAGAAAAGAUGAUCAUCAAGAGCCCAAUUCACCCAAAGGAUUCUCUCUCAGGUCCCCAAGGUUUUCCAAAUCCGAGUCUGAUGACAGUGUCAGCUCACCGGUCAAGGCAGAUGGCAGGCUAAUUUAUUAUAGGAUUGGGGAUGAAGAUGGGAACGUAGACGAAACAACAAAGGAAGAGCUUUUCUGCUUCAAAGGAAUGGGACUAGAAGAGCUCAAACAGAAGCUCAAAGAAGAGACAGGUCUAAGUGACAUAUCAAUCUGUUCCAAAAACCCUUUAAACGGGAAAUUAUAUCCCCUUCGGUUGCAUCUCCCUCCCAACAACACAAAGAUGCACGUUGUCUUGAUCCCUUCGCCUUCAAAAGGGGAUGCUGCAAGCACUUCUUGAAGACUUGAAGUAUGGUUCAAAAUUACAGAGACUGUGUUAUCCAAGACCAAAAACUUAUAGUUUCUGUUAUUGUGUAAUUUGGUAAUACGUUGUACACCAACAUGAUACUAAGAGAAUCUAGCAUCAGGCUGUAUGUGAAAUGCUACCUAAGCAACUAAAACCCAAUACUAAGCCAAACAUACAAGAAGAUAUUGUGUCGGGAUUUCGUAAGACUUCCCAUCAAGUUCUUGUCAAUAAGCUUCUUUCAUUCUU